AUGGGUUCAAUAGCCGAACCAGAUCAAAGCAGCCUUCAAGCCGCUCUAUCGCAGGCGCAUGAACUUUACACCCAGCGACACUCGGCAUCACGCAAGAACUAUGAAGAAGCUUGCAAUUAUAUGCCAGGCGGCAAUACAAGGACCGUUCUGUUUGCCAACCCGUUUCCAUUGACCAUUGACUCAGGCGAUGCUUGCAAUCUGACGACAAUCGACGGUACCAGAUACGUCGACUUCCUAGGCGAAUACACAGCAGCCAUCUACGGCCACAAUCACCCGGAGAUCAAGGCUGCUCUGCAAAGAGCCAUCGAGGGCGGCUGGAACUAUGGCGGUCACAACAAACUAGAACCCCAGCUUGCACGGCUAGUAUGUGAACGAUUCCCUGCCAUUGACCUUGUCCGGUUCGUCAAUUCUGGCACCGAGGCGAAUAUGAUGGCAAUCGCCACGGCGCUCGCGGUGACUGGCAAGAAGAAGGUCCUGGUCUUCAACAAGGGGUAUCAUGGUUCAACCAUCUCGGGCAGAGUCCAAUCCGGCAAACCGACCAUCAACCUCCCACAUGAUUUUGUGCUGGGCACAUACAACGAUGUCCAGGGCACUCAAGCUCUGCUCCACUCCCUGCCGAAGGACAGUCUUGCCGCCAUUCUCGUGGAACCCAUGAUGGGCAGUGGAGGAUGUUUUGCAGGCACAGCCGAGUUCCUCGCCACUCUCCGCAGUCUGGCCGAUGAAAGCAAAGCUCUGCUCAUCUUUGACGAAGUCAUGACUAGCCGUCUCGAUUACCACGGUCUAGGCCACAAAAUGAGUGUGACGCCCGACCUCAUGACCCUAGGCAAAUGGAUAGGAGGCGGAAUGAGUUUCGGCGCGUUCGGUGGUAAACGGGAAAUCAUGCAGUUGUACGACCCGAGGACCGGAUCUCUAGAGCACCCUGGGACUUUCAACAACAAUGUCUUCACUAUGAGCGCUGGAGUGGCCGGCUGUACCUUGCUGACUCCGGACAGACUGCAAGCGUUGAACGCCUUGGGUGACUCGCUGCGGCAACAGGUUGAGGCAGUCCUAUCCAAGAGAGGUAUCGAAGGCACCUUGCCUAUCACCCCGGUGAUAGAUGAGACGAAGCUGCCGGAGCUUCCCAAAAUGUUCAUGAAGGGAGUCGGCAGUCUGAAUGCCAUCCACUUCGCUGGCCCGGAUAAAGACGUGUUGCAAGGGUUGUACUUCCAUCACAUGUUGGAAAGUGGAAUAUACAUGGCUCAGCGAGGAUUUACUGCAUUGAAUAUAAUGCUGACCGAGGAACACGUGGCUCAGUUUGUUCAGGCCACAGAGGCUUUUUGUGACGAGUUUGCAUCAUUUCUGAGAUGA